GUUAAGGUAGUUGUGAGGCCGACAACAUUGACUAAUGUCACGAAGUAACGCGGUAAUGACAAUUUUGAGGCUGGAAGUUAGUUAACAGUGCAGUUGGUUGUUUGUGUUUGUAGGCCUACUCACACAGGGAAGAAGAGCAUUGUAGUUGUAGUCUGUAGCUGUACAGAAAUGUAAAGUGAAGACUGCGACAUGACGUCGUGAAUUCACUUCAGAAACGUUUGCAGCUGGAAAAGUUUGUUUACAAUGCAUAGAUCGCGUGCUGGAAAACACAACAGUAAAGUUAGGUUGUGAGCUGUUUAACAGGACAUUAUACUUUUGCCACUCUUGUUACAUAAACAACUUUAUCUACUAAACGUGGCUGAUCAUGUCAGCAUCACCAGCAGCAGCCAGCUCAUCCCAGCAGCGGGUUAAACACAGCGGCUCCCCGACAGCCUCCUGUUCCUCCUGUAGCAACAACACCACCACGGUCCGGUUGCAGCCUAUCCGCGCCACGGUGCCGUACCAGCUUCUGCGUGGAAAUCAGCUCAGCCCAACCCGCUCCGCUUCCUGCUCCUUCUCAGUAGCCGGGAGCAACACAGGACCGACGACGUCCCGUUGCUCCAGUCCCGCCAACCCGGGUGGAAGCGGCUCGGACGGCAGGCUGGUCCCCAGGCAGAGACAUUCACCGCCGGACAGCAGGAGCUCACCAGACCGCUCUCCCCAAUCGCCUGUCUCCAAAGCUGAAAGAACAAAAUCCCAGCAGGUCCGGAGCUUGGGGGCCAUUUGGCGGACUUCCUCCCUGGGUGCCAUUACUGGGCCCUACCUCACUGGGCAGUGGCCUCGUGACCCACAUGUGCACUACCCAUCUUGUAUGAAAGAUAAAUCCACACAGACUCCUGGAUGUUGGAGUGAGGAAACGAGAGAGAAGAGGAGCACCCACCAGCGCUCUGCAUCCUGGGGCAGCGCCGACCAGCUUAAAGAGCAGAUCGCAAAGCUUCGGCAUCAGCUCCACCGCAGUAAACAAGGAGGACGCCACAGUAAAGACAAGGACCGACUGUCCCCCCUGCAGUACAACACCAUCACCUACACCGCUCACACCAGCACUACCAACCACACCUCCACAGCCAGCCAAGUUCAGCAGUUUUCCAUGUCGAAGUCGGCCCAGAUGCCGCUGUCCAACAUCACAGUGCCAAAACCUUCCAUCUCCAGGGUGCCCAGCAGUAUGGAGGGCAUCAACCAUGAGCUGGAGAAGGUUUUCAUCAAAGACAACGGAGAGAAAGAAGAGCUCAAGUCCCUGGAGGUUCCUGAUGGGCGGCGGGCACCCUUCCCUCCUCAGCAGCGCAGCAGCAGCACCCGCAGCGUGGACACCCAGACUCCAUCAGCCCCCGGCCGGUCCAGCAGCUGCUCCAGCCUGUCGCCCUGCCCCUCGCCUGCCUGCCCACCAGGAUCACAUGACGGCAGUCCUUACUCCACAGAGGAUCUACUGUACGACAGGGAUAAAGACAGUGGAAGCAGCUCACCACUGCCCAAGUUUGCCUCCUCUCCCAAACCCAACAACAGUUACAUGUUCAAGCGAGAGCCGCCAGAGGGCUGUGAGAAGAUUAAAGCUUUUGAGGAGAUGAGCUCCAGGCAGUCCACAUCAGCGUCAGUCCCCCUUUUCUCCUGCCCCGACAAAAACAAGGUCAACUUCAUCCCAACGGGCUCGGCGUUCUGCCCCGUCAAACUCCCAGGCUCCCUGCCCCUCGCCCCGGCCCUGGAGCCCGAGGAAGACGAAGCGGCCUCCAGCUCAGAGCCUCAGGGGGCAACAUCGCUCUACGGAGCCCCCACUCAGGUCUCCACGAGCACCAGCACAGACGACCCCCCAGAGGAGCCUGGCUCGCCCUCAGAGACUGCAGACCCCCAGACAGACAGCCCGGCCAUCAGCUAGACCUGAGCAGAGCUGGCCUCUGACUCCGGGAUCCACACUAGCGACCACCGACCAUCACCACUGACUGUCCAACCAACACCUCCCUCUGCUCUGCCAGGGGAGCCUCCGUCUCUCUGUGCUGACCCCCUCCACCCCCCUUCUAUCUCUGCAUGACGUAGCAACAAUGUCCCGAUUAACCACCACCGCCACCACAAAGACUCGCCACCUUAAUAUUCUGUCCUGCAUAAUGUCUGAGCUGUUGUUGGCAGGGAAGGACCUUAUGGUUAAAGGUUAUCAUAUGCAGGCAUCAGAGGGAAGAAUGGAGCACGAUGGAUGGGGGGAGGGGCAUGCAUUUUAAACUGGUAGUAUAUUUCUGAUUAAAUUAUGUGUUGUGUUCUGUUUCAACAUUCACAGUAUGAAUAAGCUCUCUAAACAUAUAUAUACACAUAUAUCUCUAUGAAAAGAAAAAUGCUUGUUUAAAAAAAUCCAAAACUGUGUAUUGCUGUGUUAUGUACCUAACAGGAAAAACAGCUGUACUAUUCAGGAUUAUGUUUACACGAUCCAGGUUACAUUGUUAAACCCUGUCUAAAAAGAAAAUGCAAUGAGAAAAUAAUUUGGGCAACGAGAAAAAAACUACAAAAUGGCCUCAAAUUGGUUGCACAGUGUCUGCAUCUGGCCUCGCUUCAGGUAUUUCACAAUCAGAGUCUAUACUCAGGUAAUUUGGAAUGUAUGUCCAUACAAAUAUCUGCAGCUUGACAAAGCAGAACAGAUUCACUGUCAUUUAUUCCUGGUUUCUCUCAUUCCCAGACAAAUCAUUCCUUUGUGUUCCAGAGUCCAGUCUGAGACUAGACUUGUGAUAACUCGCUGCAGAGGGUUGAAGUCGUUGGCGUCCCCUUACGGUUCUCCGACUGGUGGUGGGAAACUGUAUGGACCACACACACUGUGACUGACGGCAUUAAUGGCUGUGUGUGUGUUGAUGGAGGCAUGCCGGACAGAGACUUUGAGGACGCAUGGUGGCUGUCUGAUAUUUAAGCCUGCACAUGGUAUGUGAUUGGCUCUCCUGAGCUCCUGUUGACAGUGGACCAGAAGUGGACGAUUCUGCAGUACCGUCAUGUGAAGAAACAAUCAAACCGCAGCAUUUGGAUAUAAAGAGCUGCGGAUUGGAGGUACAGUUGUGCAAACAUUUUUCUGAGAUAGAAAUCUUAUGAGUUAAACCUCAGUUUUCGUAGCCAAAGAAGACGUUUUCUUGUGCAGUUUAAUCUGAGUUUAUCAAGACAAGAGCCAGAGUGAUAUAGGAGUUCUGAUGCUAUUAUCAGUAUUUGGUACUCAAAACAAUCAUAUUUUCACCAAAUUAAACCAAAUUAUUUAAAGCAGUGGUUCCUAACUAGUCCCGUCAUGGGCUCCAGAUAUCUACUUAGUCAUUGGUUUAAGGACCUCACAUUAAAAAUGACCACAUAUUCAGUUUUAUUUACUUUACUCACUUUGGCUGAGAACACACAGAAAUAAAACCUGUUGAAAGAAGAAACAGAAACACCACUUCAAAAUAAAAUUUCUGUGGUGGAAAUUAACUGUACUUCCACAUAAAAUGUCACAAACUUGACACAAGUCACCUGCGGUCCAUUCAAAAUAGAUCCGCAACCGACUUUUGAACCGCCACCUAGCAGUUUGGAACCACUGCUUAAAACAGAGCCUCUUUAAGUUGGAUUGUUAAAGAAAUCUGACCAAGAUACGUACCAAGCAGAACAUUUCCCAUCUAGUGAUCUAUCAGCCAACAUUUCUUCCUGUUUAUAAGAUAUUAGCUAAUAAAACUGGACUGGCAGAUUUAUUGACUGCUUAAAAAGAAUUUCAGUUUGAAGGACUAACAAAUAAUCAAUUGGAAAGCAAACCUAAUAUUGAGGUCUAAACGGCCCUGACACACCGGGCCCACUAUCGCCCAACUGUCGAAGGUCGGAGCAUUUGUCUCUCUAGUCUGUGCCGCCACUGUUGGCACUAGUUGACUGUUUUUUGGCUAAAUUGGUGUCUGAUCCACUGCAGGAUGUCGUUGAGUGAAAUCUCUCUGAUUUGAAGUUUAGCUCUGUGCACGAGAAGAAAAAGUAAGGGAGGCAAACAAAAACCUUAAGUCAAAAGAGAUAGAAAUCGAAACAAACCUGUGAUAUUAGGUAAGAUUUUUUUAAGCCAUUGAGCUCUUUAGGGCAAACGCUUUGUAAUUGUGUUAUUUCUUGCAAGUAGAUAGAAGACAGUAAAUAGCAUUUGCUCUUUCAACAUCAGGUUGUGUUGCCAUGUGCUAAUUUGCUAACUAGCAUCUUGAAUCCAUCCGGUUGAUCUUCCAGUUCCCCUUUUUGAAUGACAAAUAUAGACUACUGCCACCUGCUGGUAUGGAGGGUUAUGUACUCUCACACAUAAUGUACAUGCUAGUUGGCGGUUGGCUGUAGUUUCUGAGUCGUAUUGAAGCGCAGCUUCCUCGAUAAGACACAGGCAACACAACAAUCGGCCUUUGACACCACUAGUUCUUUGACGUCUGUUUGAUGCGUCGUUGCUGUAAAACAUUGCACAAAAUGUAACAGUAGCACAAGUAGUCUUAAAAUUAGCAAACUAACUGUUAUACAGCAAUAUCAAUGAAAUGUGUGCCAACACCAUGUAACAUCACAUGAAUUGAGAGUGUAGCCUUUGAGUGUGUUGCAUUGAAAAGUGUAAAAUUUAAUGCUUAUGAAUUCAAAAUUGUCAAUUGCAAAAGGAAAAAUGUUUAAUUUUCUCUUUUAAAAGGGAUAUAGUCAUACAAAACAGUAGCACAAGUUUAGCACUAGCCACCAUGUUAUACUAUCCAUUAGGCUGUCACUUAAAAAAAAAUCCAGUUUAAAUGGAUGAGAGCUAACACACCGGUCUUGUUAGAAAAUGUAGCCACAGUCCACUAGCCUAAUUUUAAAAUAUAUUGUCGAAUAUGGAGUGCCUCCAUUGCAACGCUAAAUUUUGAUUUCAGACAGUCUCACAAAUAUAAUCUAAAAUAAUCCCCUCAUCAAGUGGGAGUUUAAAUUUUGAAUGAAAACUGUAAGCCUCAAAUGAAGACAGGAAUCAGGUACAAGUGCUAACAAAGUAUACACAGAUGUGGCAUUUUCUUGACUGAAAUGGCUAACAGCUAGGGGAACAGCAGGACUGGGUAUUGUCUGAGAUUUUUCUUUUUAAAUAUAUUCAGUUUAAUGCUGCGUUUCAUUGCAAGUCGGAUAAGUCUAUAAUUCUGUUUUGGUUUUUCCGACUUCUGAUCUUAAUGUGUUCCAGUGCAUCUAAACUUGGAAAAUAUGGAUGCCGGCAGGAAACUCAUGUUUGCUUGGCUAGCCCCUAAACAUCAGAAGCAUGUGGUAUGUCAACAACACCAUUCACAGACACCCCUCCUCCCAUGGAAAACCUUGUGCUUAUUUUUAGAUAUUACAGUAGGCUACAUGCUAUUUUAUUAAUGUAGGUAGCUAACAGACAGGAGGAGUAGGCUAGUAGGCUACUACAUGCUCGCAAAGACUCCUAUCAAACACAAAUCAACUGAAUGGAAAUGGAAAUGCCACUUUAAAGUUAUUAUAGCACAACACAAACAUUACAUAAAAGUAAAAUUGAUGAACAGGUAAUUCUGCUUAGCAUUCACCGUGCACGCUGCGGAGCCCCGACUUGAAUGGCCGUUCUAUUACCGUAUUUUUUUCAUUUAUUAAUGACCUCUGAGCACAGUGGAACAUGGCUUCAGUACCUACAACACCAACAACAACAAAACUUAUUUCACCACCUUUACUCUUGAUACAAAUGCAAAAACUCUCAAAUGUUUAAAGUUGUCUCAAUACAAUCAGUUGCUUGCACAAGAAUUUUGCCUAAAAAAAUGCAACCAGGCCUCAAUUGGCAAUAUAAUAUUUUAAAGCUGUACUACUCUAUAUCUUUAUAUUCGAAAUGCUAAAAAUUGCUGUGUGUAUGAGAAAGGGAUCACUUGUAAUGAUGAGUAUUUCAUCCAACUCUGCAGCUCUCAGUUCAGUGGGGUUCUUUUUAGCCUAUUUUAGCUUAUUGUUUUGUUUUUAUGGCCCACAAACUCUGUAUACUAUCUGCCAACCACAAAACGGUGUACGGAGAGUCGAAAAUUAUCAGCCACAAAUCCAAAUUUCUUUCUUGGGAGUUUCUGAGAAUGCUAAUGUUGCUCUGUGUCUGCUGGAUGCGAAUAAGCAGUUGUCUUUAAGCCUGUUCUGCUGCCACUAAAGCCGUGUUUCCACCAAAUACUUUUGGUAUUUAACCCAUAAGGACGUAUGCUUGUGCAUCAACCCUAGAUUGGCGUUUCCACUGAAGACAGAAUUAGGUGAGGUUGUUAGCGUCACUGCUCCAUCCAGCUCUCGUGAUGCAGAGGAAUGUCUACACUUAGCUGAUCAUGCAUGGAACAGGGUUGCGCAUCAACGAUUUACAGUCUCUUUUGCAAUCAAUGGGAUAUUUAAAAAUAGCAGGUAUGUGCUUUGAGUUCUUGUAGACCAAGAGGUACGAUUUUCUCAUGACCAAUCAAUGGACUGCAGUGUUUGUAGCUCUACCUUGAAGCAUCAGUUCAGUGGGCUAGGUACAUCAACAGAGGGGCAAUGAAAACACAGGUCAGAAUGUUACGGAUCUGUUGGCAUCACACUCAACUUUUGACAAUGGAAACGCAAAAAUAACUGUUCUAAUGUGUAAUGAACUGAACAUGACCAAACUGUUUGGUGGAAACGAAGCUCAUGUAGUAAAAAAAAAAAAGGAAAAAAAAACAAACAAUCAAUGCAGCUUUAAACCAGAACAAUACUAUAAGUUAUUAUUUUACGCCACUUUUGGACACCUUUACAUAAUUAGUGCUACAGAACACAGUAGCACCUUUCGGCCAGUACACGGAAAGUAUUAAGGUUGGAUACCCAGUUCUAGGCAACAGAAGCCACACGGUUUGCACAAGCUAUAAAUGAACUAUAGCCAUACAAGAUGAAUGUUUGCACAACUUUUGACUCCAGUCUGCAUAUCUAAACUUAGACUGUUUUGAUAAUUCAGAUAAUUUCUAUUCCAUUAAACUCAUUCCAUGAGAUUUUAGCAUCCAAGACAUAAAUAGACACAUGAUGAUUCAUUCCUAAAAUAUCUCUCAGCCUUUUGAUUUGAUCGCUUUAAGAGACUAGCUACAGUACUAAGAGAUGUUUGGUUGCAGAUACAGUCGCGCCUUCAUGUGUUUGAUGCACAGAUAAAAGGAUCACACUGGCCUGCCUCCCUCUCACUGUCUGUUGUUACCGAGUGUUGUAGGCACCCUGAUGCUACCACCAAGCAACAAAACCUGAACAUCUCAUGUAUCCUCUAGGCUAUUAAAUGAGCAUCGCCAUGCCCAAGUGUAAAUGAAACACAGCCUUCAUUUGCAAGAGUGAAGCAUAACCCAUGUUUAUUUUGAUAUCUGGUGUGCUUGUGGAAUCCCUGCAUUGACGCUCCAUUCAUAUUUUGUAUAUAUGUGGCUUUUAAAGAGGCUCAAUGCAAUGUUGUGGUUUCUUAAAACAUUUCAGCACCUUACCAAGAGCUAUGGCUUUCCCAAUGUCCCACAUAUACUCGACAUUGGUAAACUAGAUGUGUGCAAUAAUAGGAAAAAAAAAAAAAAAGUGUUGUCCUCCCGGAUGUUGUUCGUUUUUUGACGCAAGCGUCUCAUCUUGCAUUCCUUUGGUUUUGAGCAUGGGGGCUGGAUCAGCAAGUAGUUUGUUGCUAAAGCCAUCAACUGAUACAAAACCAGCACUGAGAGUGACCAGAGCACAUCACUGGCAGGUCAGAGUGUUCAUCAACUCACUACAUGAUACUCCUUGUGUAACCUGCAGUGUCAAAGUUCAUGCACAAUGGCAAUAAAAAGACUAUUGGUUGUUUUGUCCA